UUCUGCCACUGAACAGACGCUUUUAUGUCCCAAGUUCACGUAUUCUAAGGGCAAAGAUCAUGGCUUCUGACCCGAAUUCAUCAACGCCCACUACCACUUUCGUUCAAGCCGACCCGUCCAAUUUCCGAGCCGUUGUUCAACGACUCACUGGCGCAACUCAAGAUUCGUCUUCCGUGAAACUCCCUGUUACUGGGCCUCGACGAUCGGCUUUCAAGCUGCACGAACGGAGGCAGAGUGCGAGAAAGCUCGAGAUCAUGCUCAACAAUGGAGGUAGCUUCGGUGGGCCAGGCGGCUUCGGUGUCGGCUCACCUUCUUCUUCUCCUUCUCCUUCUUCAUCAGCUAGGAAGAGAAGCUUUUUGACUUCGCCAAUUUCACCACUGGAAAUGCUUACACGUGGCAGUCCGAGAUCGCCGAUGGAGCUGGAAGAAGAAAAAGCCAUUGCUGAAAAAGGAUUUUAUUUGCAUCCAAGUCCACUAAGUACUCCUAGAGGCGCUGAACCUCCUGAACUAUUGCCUUUGUUUCCACUUCAGUCCCCUACUGCAACAAAUAAUUCAUCAUCAUCUAGUUAA